AUGGCGGCGGGGAGCAGCAACUACUGGGAAGGCGAGGCGAAAGUGCCGCUGGAUCUCAGGAAGCAGGCGAGGCAGCUGGAGAACGAGCUGGACCUGAAGCUGGUCUCCUUCAGCAAACUCUGCACCAGCUACAGCAGCACCCGAGACGGAAGGCGCGACAGCUCUGACACAACUCCUCUCUUAAAUGGAUCAAGCCAGGACAGAAUGUUUGAGACCAUGGCUGUGGAGAUUGAACAACUUCUGGGAAAGCUUACUGGAAUAAAUGACAAAAUGGCAGAAUACACAAAUAGCGCAGGAGUCCCAUCCCUGAAUGCUGCACUGAUGCAUACGUUACAGCGUCAUAGAGACAUAUUACAGGAUUAUACGCAUGAAUUCCACAAAACCAAAGCAAACUUCUUGGCAAUACGAGAAAGGGAGAAUCUGUUGGGAUCAGUACGAAAAGAUAUCGAAUCAUAUAAAAGCGGGUCUGGAGUCAAUAACAGAAGAACAGAACUAUUCCUGAAGGAACACGAACACCUUCGAAACUCAGAUCGACUGAUAGAAGAAACAAUAAGCAUUGCCAUGGCAACUAAAGAAAAUAUGACUUCGCAGAGAGGGAUGUUGAAGUCAAUACAAAGCAAGAUGAAUACCUUGGCGAAUCGGUUUCCAGCAGUGAACAGCCUGAUUCAAAGGAUCAACCUUCGGAAACGACGAGAUUCCCUCAUCUUGGGUGGCAUUAUUGGCAUCUGUACCAUCUUACUGCUGCUAUAUGCUUUUCAUUGAUGGAUGUUCCCCCACGGACUCUGCUAAACUCAUCACCACCAUCCCUCGCCCCCCAGUCAAGGAAAAGUGAGUGGGGGAAGCGACAGACUUGAAGCAGCCUGCUCGGUAUGGCUGGGAGUAUCAGCAUGAUGUCUAGAGCUUAUGAUGGUAGACUGCGACACUGGUUUUGGGUUGAAGCUGCAGUGUUUCUCCUUCCCUGCCAUACAUCUUCCUUUGGUUAAUUUUUGUGGGAUUUGUUUGUCUUUAAUUCCCGUUCUUGUUGCAAGGUAAGUAAAUAUGGGAUGCUUACCAGAACCGGUAGGACAGUUUCUGUGCUCAGUGGCUCUGGGGAGGUGUGUUGUUGGCUGGUAAGUGGAAAAAGAUCGUUACGCUUGCCUGGGGUGGAAACUCUGUCGGAAGCCAGUUUCCCCUGUAGGCGAAGCACAGUACUGAGCACUUUUGGCCUGUGAGAAGAAUAUUGCAGCUUUAAGCCGUCAGGUUGCUUUACUACUAAAUACAUGUUCUGUAAUUCUUUUUAACUCAUGGUUGAGAUACUAGUUAUUUCUGCAUAAUUUGUGCUGUGAAAACUGUGCUUCACACAAAUUCCUCAAAGUAAAAAAAAAAAAGGGUUGUUCAGUUCACUUUUUGCACAGAAUAUGAAUAAACUACCCUCUGAGGAAGAUUUGUAAGGUUUCUUGUGGCUUUAAAGGGACUGACGAGUCCCCCUUUGUAAAAAGGGAGCACAGUGUCCUAGCAGCUGUUUACUGUAGUGUUCAGUCAUCUGAAAAGUGACCAAACAUGAGUUCACCUAAAAGUAGUCUUUUGGGUGUAAAUAAUUUGAUUUUGGCUGGCAUCCUAAAGGU